GGCCACCAUUGGAUCUGUCACCCCCUCACCCACUUACCCCCCCAAAUACACCCCCCCCCCCCCCCCCCCCCCGCUACGUUAGCAAACGCUUGCGUGGCCUUAUUCAUUAUCUAUACGAUUCCUGUGGAUAGGCUUGCGGUUCAAAUCCGCACACACAUGCAAUCUUUAAUUCCCUUCUCUUGUAUAUUCAUAAAAACUAUUAUGCUCUUGAAGAUAUAAAUUUCUCUCUCAUUCUCAUGAAAAAUUUACAAUAUCAAAAACUAAAAUGUCUGGAUAUUCUUGAAAAUAAAAUAGACCACAAUAUCUCAGAACGAUAAAAAGCUUCACUUUAGCCUUUCACACAAUACACUAUCCUUGAGCUUUCAGACGUUUCUGCGUUAGAGAUCUAACGUAUAGAUUCUUUAGAUUGGUAAAAAAUUAAUUAUAACAAAUGAACAUGAUCACUCUUCGCCCGUAUUGUAUAGCCUAUUUGAAAAUAAUUUACCUUCUAUCCUUCAUUCAUUAACAAAUGUUGACUUUAUUUCACUUUUCAAUGAAGAAAAACAUUUGGUUGUUAUUACUAAAACACCAUUGGUAAUGGAAAUAUUUGAUAUUCAAAAUUUAACAAAUUCAUUAUUUAAUUUCAAUAUUAGUGAUAUUUCUCAAUCUCAACUAUGUGGUAUUCAAACUCAAUCUCAAUUUAUUCUCCUCUCAUUUUAUAAUUGUUUUAUGCUAUUGAAACUUCAGUAUAAUAGUCAAACUUCAACAUAUGAUAUUGUUGAAAAAUAUAUUGUUAACAUAACACGUAUACAAUCUGAAGAACAAUUCCAUUAUAAAUUACAUUUAACCAAUGAUAAUAAUUAUAUAAUUAUGGAACAAGGUCAGAUUGACAGUGAUUUGAAGUCUAUUUGUGUCUACAUGCGUGAUAAAUCUGAUACAAAUCUUCUUCAUUUUUCAACAUUAAAAUAUCUAAAACAAAAACAUGUACGUGCAAAAACAACAACUUGUUUAUUUCAGACGUAUACCGUAUUUCAUAGAAAACCACAUUUACUCAUUGCCCAUCAUGGAAAUAUAUUACGUGCAAAAUUACCAACAAAAGAACAACUAAAUGAACUUUUAUGUGAAUUAGAUAUUCAACCAGAUAAUCAUUCUUGGAUGAAACACUCAUUAAAAUUAUAUCAGGAAACAACAGAUAAACAUAGUCUAUCAGUGAACGUAACAGCACUAACAAUUCAAUCAGAUGAUUCUUGUUUUGCAUCAGGUGGAGAUGAUGGAUCAAUUGUUGUCUGGUAUUUUAAUGAAAAUGCGCAAGAAGUUUUGCGAAAUCAAAAUGAUAAGAUAACCGAUUUAAAAUUUGAUGGUUUAUCAACUAAAUGUAAGCUUUAUUCGUCUUCCAUAAAUCGUACAUUUACUGUUUGGUGCUACAAUAAUUCACAGUGGAAUGUUUUACAUGAAUUGUAUAUGCACAUACCAAUAGAAAAAUUUUACAUUGUUUCGAAUAAUAAUUCUUCACAGCAGGUACUGAUAGCUCUCGGAAGAUUUUGGGGCUAUGAUCGACUAUUAAUGUUUGAAAUACUUUCACCAGACAAAUUGUGUAUAAAUGAAACGAAUUCAAACACUAAUGAUGAAAUUAAAUACAAUUUUCAAGCAAGUGAUAUGACAAGCUUUGCACUUUAA